AUGGUCUUCAUGGACGCUCCAACCGACCUCCUUUCUGGAUCAAAUGAAGCAUUGAUUUCCUCUGAAUCAAAUCCCAAUGAAAACGAAAGAGAAGCCCCCAUCGUAGCAGCAUGUCGUCAUCUUCUGCAACCAAACGGUAGUGUCGACGGGGAUGAAGUAGCAAAAGCAUUAUUGCCAAGAUUUCCCGACUUGUGUUCAGCACUACCUGCAGAUAGUUUUCCUAAUCAUCAAGCACUUCUUGGUAUUGGAGAAACAAAGAAGAGACCGCUCACUCAAUCUCGUGUUCGCACUUUCAUUUUAAGUGAACUUGGACCCCAAUUGCACCAACUUGGAUAUGGGCGCGGAGAUCGAAUUGCGUUGGUUCUUCCAAACGGCCCAGAGCUAGCUCUUGCCAUCUUAAGUAUCUCGCAUUGGGCGUCAUGUCUCCCGUUGAAUGCGAAUGGUGCACCAUCGGAAUUAAAGAAAGAUAUUCAAGCUGCAAAUACGUCUCUUAUUGUUGGCAUCACAGGCUUGGAAUCUCGUGUGAUUCAAGAUAUAGCACAACACCUGGAAAUUCCAUUUUGUGGCUUAAAACCAAGCACUACAGAAACAGCAAUAUUCCGUCUCGAAACUCAUCGCUUUCAGGUAGAACAGAUUGGGAGAAAAGGAAACGUAUCUCGAGACCAUACAAUACAGAAUGAUCAUGAGUGCGAGGUGCUUGUCUUGUUCACCUCAGGAACAACUGGAAACAAGAAACUCGUUCCCCACAAACUUGGAGAUAUGCUUAUUGCAGCUGCGUGCAUUGCUGUCAGCUGGAAUCUAACGCCUGAAGAUGUUAACUGCAAUCUGAUGCCUCUUUUUCACGUCGGUGGAAUUGUUCGUCAAGUAUUUGCACCUAUAUUAAGUGCGGGCUCUGUCAUCUGCUGCCCUUCUUUCGAUCCAACAAUUUUUUGGGAACUCCUUUUGCAAGGAGAGAACAGCUCAUCAAACGGGAUCAGAACAAAGUUUUCAUGGUACUAUGCUGCACCAACCAUGCACCAAGUUUUGCUUGAGGCCAUGCCUGCUGCACUAGAACUCGCAAAAACACGCCAUCAAUGCAGACACUUACAACCACGGCUUCGGAUGAUUGCAAAUGCUGCUGGAGGUCUUUUGCCAUCACUUGCAGAAGAGCUACGAAGAGUGUUCGGAGGGGCCAACAUCUUGCCAAGUUAUGGUAUGACUGAAUGCAUGCCUAUAUCAUCUCCACCCUUUAACUAUGAGUUGACGAAACCUGGAACAUCUGGUGUAGCUGUUGGACCCCAAAUUAGCAUUUUCAACGGGAGAAACGAAAAACUAUCACCUGGACAAGAAGGAAGCAUCUGCGUGCGAGGCAGACCGUGCUUCCAUGGGUACGGAGACAGGCCUCAAGGAGAAGGGUUUCACGAUGGAUGGUUCAAUACUGGUGAUCUUGGAUAUCUCGACGCUGAAGGUUAUUUAUACAUUACUGGAAGGUCAAAAGAAGUGAUCAAUCGGGGUGGUGAGAUCAUUAGUCCAAUGGAGAUCGAAGAAGAAGUGCUGGCUCAUCCUUCUGUUGCAGCAUGUGCAGCGUUCUCGACUAAACAUGACGUUCUGCAAGAAACGGUAGGUAUUGUGGUGGUCACGUCUCUGAACUCGCGAAGAAUUGACUUGGAAACACUUCACGACUUUUUGCAAAAACGACUCGCACCAGCAAAAUGGCCACAGGUUUUGGUAUUUAUGGGCGCGCUGCCAAAGUCGCACACAAACAAACUCUUGAGAGUCAAGCUUGGGGAACGGUUCGGACUUCCAGAAAUGAACGAUGGGAUGCAACCAAUUGAAAGAACAUUUGAGGGUCAAUGCCCUCCUCAAGGCACUCCCGUUGCAAUUCCAAUAUCAUGCGCACAGGUAACAAUUGAUAUUGACCUUAUUGAACGAACCCUGUUGAAUGAUUUAGGUGUCAUUCUCGGUGGACCUCAACUUUUGGUGACAGAACAUCCCUGUCGAAAUGGUCCCCUUGUGGUUCAUGUUCAGCAUCUGAACCCGCACGAUAUCAUCAGAAUUGCAAAAGAAUCACUUGAUGCAUACCUACGCCCAUCGCAUGUAUGUGUUCACGAAGACACUGGUAUUACGCUGCGACGGGAAUUUUGCGAACAGAUUGUACCAGAAGCAAAAGAUUCGGUUGACUUCUUGGAAAUGACCUGGAAGCAAGCACAAGUUGAAUCGGAUCCUGUAGUGGAAAUGCUACAGGAAAUUGUACAAGAUCUCGUUGAUUAUGAUUAUCUGCCAUCACCUGAAACUUCCUUUUUCCGACUUGGGGGGACGUCGCUUCUUGCAUCACAGCUUGCCAGUCGAAUUAGAAAAAAAUUUCAAGUUUCCUUCAGCGGGGCCGAUAUUUUCCAACACAACAGCUGCGUUACCAUGGCAAAGAAAAUUAGAUCUGAAAAAGACAGAUCUAGGAAUAAGUCACUGAAAACAAGAUCGAGUCGAAGCCAGAAGGACAGCAAUUCCUCUGGAGUAUAUGAUUCUCCUGCAGAUCUUCAGGACAUUCAUUUUGAUGGCCCCAAGCUCCUUCCAAGGAAGAACGCGUUGAAAACGCUUUUCCAACUGGUUCCAGGAUUGGUUGUCUUCCCUUGGUUGCAGUUCACUCGCGUUUUUCUCUUCUUUACGCUGCUUCUUGAGGUCUUAAAGGAGCUACCUUUGGAACGAAACAUAAUUCGCUUUGUCACAACAAUUGUAAUCUUCCACCUCUUGUGGAGCAUCUUCACGCCGUUGUUAUUUGUGAUGAUCAAGUGGGCUGUCAUUGGGAAGUACAAAAUUGGUCGCUAUCCUUUCUGGAGUGUAUACUAUCUCAGAUGGUGGUUUGUGGAUGUGUGUCGAAAAAUCAUUGGAAGAGGUAUAUGGGGUACAAGCAAUUUCCUCUUAAUCCGAUUCUAUAGAAUGCUUGGAGCAAACAUAGCGAUGGAUGCAAGAAUUGCCGUCGAAGCUGAAAUUGCGGAAUUUGAUCUUGUCACAAUCGGGCAUGAUGCGUCUAUUGAAUGUUCCACAGUUCGGGGAUUUGGAGUUGACAAUGGUGCAAUGCAACUUGGCCCUGUGCGCAUUGGGACAUCAGCAAGUGUUGGGAUUCAGUCUAUCGUAGCCCCUUUCACUACCGUCCCCGACAGGUCACAUGUUGCUCCAGCAACAUCAAGCUACGAAAUCACCCACAACAGCAAUCAACACUUAGAAUGCAACCGUUAUUCUGUAAGACCACCAGGUUGGGCCAUCCAGACAUUCCUUGGAUCACCAAUCAAGCUUUUUGUUGAUAUCUUCUCCCAUAUUCCAGAGAUGUAUAUCAUCUAUAUCAUGAUGAAGGCACAUCAAUACAGAUACAACUAUGGAGACUACAGUUUCGAAACACUUGGUGACCUACUAGAAUGGCUUUGUGACCCAGUUCGAGUACCGUACUUUCUUGCAAUUCGCAUCGCCAGAACUACAAUUGCACCCUUUCUCUACAUGAUUGCUGCCCUCUUUGUAAAACGCGUCUUGAUUGGAAAGUUUCGUCCCGGCCCGAGGGACGCAUCAUCAGAAUGGGAUCGCAUGCGAGUUUGGCUUGCAGGAUCUCUGUUUUCUCGGUCACGCGUACAGUUGGUGACAGACUUACUUGGUCGGCAUUAUAGCCUGACUAGUGCUUUCUAUAGGCUCCUUGGAGCCAAGGUCGGAAAACGUGUUUUUUGGCCAGGGACACAACCAUUGUGUUCUGGAAUUUACGAUUUGUUGGAGAUUGGCGAUGAUGUGGUCUUUGGAUCAAGAUCAACGAUUCUGUCUGCAAGCAGCAGUGCCUACGAAAAAGUGAGGUUCUGCGCUGGCGCAAACAUCUCUGAUAAUACAGUUGUCCUUCCUGGUUCAACAAUAGGAAAGAAUGCUGUUUUGGGAUCUAACACUGUCUGCCCACAUGGAAGAUAUCUUCCUCCAUCAAGCACCUGGCUAGGAUCAAAGGAAGGAGAGCCCGUGCUAUUGAACUAUUUGUCAGAAAGUGACAUGAUUACACAAAACUCCAAGGACAUCAAGCUCUCGGAUCUACAAAUGAGUGGCGACUCCACAACUCUUCGACCAUUUGGAAGGGCUGUCUACUUGCAACAAGCUAACUAUUUUAUUUGUCCUGGCUGGAUGAUGUCAAUGCUUCACAUUGGAUACGAGGCCUUUCUGUCAUGUUUCCAUUCAAUGCCGCUAAUUGGAACAAUUUACGUUUCUGCCGAUAUUCUGUAUGGAUGGGAGAGAUCAGACCGUGACUACGAACACAAAAUCUCUCCUUUCCUUAUAUAUGGGACAAUGCUUGGAACCUUCUGUGUUUUCCAUUUUGCAAGGAUCCUUAUUGGACUCUCUGUCGAAAUUGGUGCAAAGUGGUUCUUCUUGGGCAGGCGGCAAAUGGGAAGGUACAACUGGCACGAGUCGUCGUAUAACCAGAAUUGGGAGCUUUAUCAGCUCACUACAAAAAUUCGAAAGAUCCACAGGCGUUCAACGCUUGACUUCAUCGCUGGAACGCCUUUUAUUGACUGGUAUUUCAGAGCUCUUGGAGGAUCUGUUGGUCGCAACUGCUGCCUAUAUCCGGCAGGAGGUGACCCUUAUAUGCCCGAACCAGAUUUAGUUUGCAUUGGAGAUUAUGUUGCAGUUGACAUGGCUUCCAUCGUGUGCCACUUGAACACAAAAGGAAACUUUGAGCUUGUUCCAAUCCGUCUUGAGUCCAACACAACAUUGCGCGCAAGAUCCCGGGUUCAACAGGGCGUCCAUAUGGAAACAGAUACAAUGAUCCUGGAGAAGAGUCUAGCACUCACUGGUGAAGUCAUUGAGAGUCAAAGUAUAUGGCAGGGGUCACCAGCAGAAAGCAUAGCAGAAUAUGAUGAGCAGUUUGAAAGUGGGCGAACUGAUGAGACACUCUCUCUGCUGCUUAGACCUGAAAUUGACAUAGUCUGA